CUCGAAGGUAUAGCAUUCGGUAGCAUUUGGAAGUGAUAUAUGAGCUGUAUGAAUAGGUAGAUUUAUUAGCCAGGUAAAAAGUUUCCGGUUUAGCAAGGUAUUAAUGCUGGAUAUACAUGUAGUAUAGAAGUAAAUAUUCAUAGUACACCCCGCAUCCAACGUCAUUAGUCGGGCCAAACUUAAUAGGGCUUGGGUUCCAGAUCAUUGGGUUUAGAUCAUCUUCAUAAUAUACAUAGGUUGGACUUCGGAAUAGGAGAGCACCUAGAUUACGAAGAUUGAAGCUAUCUCAAAAAUUGAAACCAGCAAACCACCAAGUUUCCAAGACGAAUCUAAUAACGACAAUCCCAUAAAAUGGCCACCUUCGACAUCGAAGCCGAUAGGGCCAAAUUCCCUGCCCUGAAGGAGGACCAGGUCUUCCUCGACAACGCGGGCGGAAGCCAGACGCUAGGCGCCGUCAUCGAAGCUAUAAGCGACUACCUCGUCAAGAGCAACGUCCAAUUUGGAGGUGGCUAUAAAACCAGCAAGGCGUCAAGCUCUCGCUACGACGACGGCGUAACCGCCGGGGCUAAGUUCCUCAAUGCGGAGAAGGACGAGAUUGCCUUCGGCUCCUCAACCACGCAGCUCCUGCGCAACCUAUCAUUCACACUGCCCUUCCACCCCGGCGACGAAAUCGUCGUCUCCUCCAUCGACCACGAAGCCAACAUCGCGCCGUGGAAAGACCUCGCCGCCCGCCUAAACCUCGCGCUCAAGUGGUGGACACCCCAGCAGCCGCCCAAAUCGACCAACCCGCGGCUCCUGCCCGCAGACCUGGCCCCCCUGCUAUCCCCCCGGACGCGCCUGGUCACCUGCACGCACGCGAGCAACGUCCUGGGCUCGAUCCACGACGUCAAAGCCAUAGCCGACGCCGUGCGCGGCGCGGCCCCCGACGCGCUCCUGUGCGUCGACGGCGUGGCGUACGCGCCGCACCGCCCCGUCGACGUCAAGGCCCUCGGCGUCGACUUCUACGUCCUGUCCUGGUACAAGGUGUACGGGCCGCACGUCGCCAUGCUGUACGGGAGUCGCCGCGCGCAGGGGCAGAUGCGCUCGCUGGGGCACUUUUUCAAUCCGCACGCUACGCUCGAGAAUAAGAUCAGUCUCGGAAGCGGGCACUACGAACUAGUGCAAUCCAUCCCCGCCAUCGUCGACUACAUCGGGCCCCCGACCCCCGGCAGCCUCUGGCCCAGCAUCGCGCAGCACGAAUCGCGCCUGCAAUCGACGCUGCUAGCCUACCUGGCCUCCAAGCCCGGACAAGUCACCAUAUACGGCGAGCCCAGCGCCGACGCCUCCGUCCGCCUGCCCACCGUGAGCUUCGCCGUCGCGGGAUGCGACUCGCGCGCCCUGGUCGAGACGCUCGAGCGCACCACUAACUACGGCUUCCGCUGGGGCGCCUUCUACUCCAACGCGCUGGUGCACGACUUCUUGGGCCUGGGGCCCAGCGGCGUGGUCAGGGUUAGCAUGGCGCAUUAUAACACGCUGGACGAGAUAAAGGGGUUUAUCGAGGCGCUGGACGGGGUCAUAUCGGAAGCGGCGUGACUUGGCGGGUUGCAUGAGGUUAGAUUAGCUGUGUUCUCUUUGUGGCAGAUGUGCUGGUUAUCUCGGGUUUAGAAUGUAGGCCACCUUUGACAUCCAUGCGGGUAGCCAUCCAUAUCCUAGCCCCUUGUUAAGAAAAAUAUUUCAAGGCAGAUCAAUACUUUAAUUUCAAACGGAUGGAUGCGU